GCGUCCCUCCCUGUAAUUUCACGGGUCUGCCCAACACCUGCCCUUAGGCACGGCAAUUUCGAGCAUCAGGCCAUGGCAAUCUCGAGGUCUGUCCAUUACCGAAAGGCCACGGAUACUCUCCCAAGGUCAGAGAAUUUGCUUUUCUCAGCAUUUCCUUAUCUCAGCCGUUUGCUCUUCCUUCAAUCCGCCUUCAGCCGUUUCGAAUCCAGCCAUACUCUUCGACCCUGCGUCGGCUGAAGAAACGCCAGGAAGGUUUCGGAAGAGCAGCCGUUCCCGUCGUACGGUUUCCGCCUGCAUCCUCUUCCGAAAGUAACACGACCAACAGCAGGAGUGAACUUCGUCGAUCUCGACAGAUUCGGCAGCCGUUUUCAGACAAUAAUCCACCAUCGUCAUUCCUCUCCUUCCCACCUUCACUCCACGCUCGUGCCGUGCUCUUCCGAAUCCCUCUUCCCGUUGUCGAAUUUCACAUUUUCGCCUGAACAAAUAUAUUAUCGUGAAGAGGCUCGCAUCCUCGUCAAAAAGGCUGAGAAAUGGCGUCAAACGGAAGCUUCUGGUCGACCGCUCGAAUGUUCGUGCCGUCUGCACUGGAGCGACCUCGCGAGCGGGAGCAACGCGUGUUCGUCGCGUCGCCCGUGGAAUCCGUUAUGCAGCAAAGCGCGGAGCAGAAGGCCAAGGCCCAGGAGUGUGUGGAUGCCGGCGUUAAAGCGGGAUUCUAUAACGCCGCGUGGGCUGCUGCGCUCACGACGCCCCCAACAAUCAUCAUCUGCCGAACCAUGCCAUGGGCCAAGAGGAAUCUCAACCACACGGCACAGGCACUCAUCAUCAGCUCAGCCGCAAUUGCUGCGUAUUUCAUUACAUCGGAGCACGCUAUAAUGGACUGCACAAAGCGCAAGUCAAUGGAGGCUAUUCAUGCAAAGAGGCAAGCCAAGGCUGAUGCUGCUGACGCUGCUGCUGCUGCUGCUGCCGCCACUCAAUAGCAUGCAUGUCUCCAUUUGAGGACUCAAAAGCAUGCCACACGUCAAUGAAGUUCAUCCAGGCAAAGAAGCGAGCCAAGGCUGAAGUUUCUGCGGCUCAAUACAUAUCACAUGCUUCUCGGGAAAUUGUACUGAUGGGAAAGUUGAUCUUGUUCUUUGUGGUGGCUGGCUCUUGUCUGAUAUUUCCACUACAAUCGCCCCUUGAUUUGAUUCUAAGUGUGUCGAUGGUUCUGUUCAUGUCUGUAUCGUACCGUAUGUCCAUCUGCAAAUAGUUCUAAAUCGGGUACUC